UCAGAAACAGAUUGCCAGCAAGACGCCAAUCUUUUUACGUCUCCAGAUAUGGGAAGAUCGGGGUGGCUUUGACGACAACUGUCAGCUGAAUUACAACAUAUGUCAAUACCGCUAUUUUAACCAACAUCAUCAGGCAGACGCAUAUAGGUAGCAAAAGUAUCGUCGCCUUGCUGCCAUGUACAAUAACCGACCUCCAAUUCUGCAUCAGACCAUCGAAAACGAAGCCUAAGACCAUCAUCGACUCUACCUAGGGAGAGGAGAACUAAGGUGUUCGGACGAGUUACACGCGUACAGACGCGAGGGGACGUUACUUGAGGACCGAAUCAACUUGUGUUACCGAUCAAACGAUUCGAUACUGAGACACCAAUCUUCAGCGCAGCGGAUUGCUGCCGAAGGAAAGAGUUGUUGAACUAAUAGAGUGCCUCCUGGGCUAUUAUGCCGAAUUACUCGACUAUUUCUGGAGAGGGCUCCGCCUCGGCUGGCGAUAUGACAAGGCAAAAAAGAGUUCGCGGCCGCCAAAAGGAGGGCGGAGGAGGACAGGCGACCAUGAUCAGUAGCGUCGUCAACCUCCUCAACACUAUUAUCGGUGCCGGCACGUUAGCGAUGCCCUCUGCUAUGUCACACUUUGGAAUGACGAUUGGAAUUAUUGUUAUUCUGUGGUCGGGUUUCACGUCUGCUUUCGGUCUAUAUCUUCAAUCUCGAUGUGCGCGAUAUCUCGACCGCGGGUCUUCAUCUUUUUUCGCCCUAUCACAAAUGACCUAUCCGAAUGCCGCCGUAAUAUUUGAUGCCGCGAUAGCGAUUAAGUGCUUUGGAGUCGGCGUAUCGUACAUGAUUAUUAUCGGAGACUUGAUGCCGGGUGUCGUGGAAGGUUUUGACAGCAGAACCGCUGAAAUACCCUUCCUAAUGGACCGCAAUUUCUGGAUCACGGCCUUUAUGCUCGUCAUUAUCCCAUUAAGUUUCUUAAGGCGCCUGGAUUCUCUGAAAUAUACCAGUCUGAUUGCUCUUGUUGCUAUUGGAUAUUUAAUCGUGCUAGUUGUCUAUCACUUCGCUGCAGAUCCUCUUGCACCUAGAGAUAAGAUUCGUUUCGUUUCCUGGGGAGGCCCCGUGGAAGCGCUGGCUAGUCUACCCGUCGUCAUAUUUGCAUACACCUGCCACCAGAAUAUGUUUUCGAUUCUUAACGAGUUAUCGAACAAUUCUCCCGGAAGUGUCAUGGGUGUCAUUGCUUCAAGUAUCGGCUCUGCCGCUGGUAUCUAUGUUCUAGUCGCGAUUACCGGCUACCUAACCUUCGGCAACGAUGUGAUUGGCAACAUCGUAUCGAUGUACCCCGCAUCCAUUGCUUCGACGAUUGCCAAGGCAGCUAUUGUGGUUCUUGUCACAUUCUCUAUCCCUCUGCAGGUACAUCCGUGCCGAGCAUCUGUAGACGCAGUUCUCAAGUGGCGACCCAAGGACGUAUCUCGCCCACAAGCGCGGACAAACUCCCCUGGAGGCCGACCACUUCUCUCUAGUUCUGCGCCUUCAAGAUCCGAUCAUGGACCGGCCGCGCCCAUGUCAGAUUUACGCUUUGCCAUUCUUACCACCAUAAUUCUAAUUCUAGCAUAUGGUGUGUCCCUGACUGUCGUCUCCCUGGAACGGGUGCUUGCCUAUGUAGGAUCUACAGGAAGCACUAGUAUCAGCUUCAUCCUGCCAGGUCUGUUCUACUACAAGAUUUCUGAUCCGAACUCGAUCCACCAUCAACGCCUGGCGAAAGAGGACGACGAUGCCAUGUCACCUCCUAACUCCGAAGAUGAGGAAGAAGCCGUGGACGACGGUCUUCUAGGAAGAAGCGUGGAAAGCAUUCGCAGUGCAGCUAGCGGCUCAAGCGCUAGGAACAUUAAGUCGCCAUGGCGCUGGCGGCGGAGGUGGAGGUGGGAUAUGGAGCAUCUCGAUCAUGAGUUCCUGAGAGGUGCGGCACUGGCCCUGGCUAUAUAUGGCCUAUGUGUCAUGGCUGUGUGCUUAGCGAUGAACUUGGUCGGUACUGUCGUGGCGCAUUAAGCUGUAGUCACUUAUCACCUAUUACCCCCUGGUCAAGGUUGGAUGGGCCGGUAUAAGAUUAUCAACAUUAUCAAUUAGGACAGCGCAUUUCUAAGGAAGCAUAAGGGGUCUGCAUUUCACUCGCUCGGUUUCCUUUUUACAUGAUUGGGAGUUCUGGGUCGUCAUUCUUGUACAUAAUUAGGUAUUGAUAUUCCCAGCAUGAAGUGGUGUUGGGUUUGCUGAAAUUGUACAUGAUCAUACUGGAUCCUAAUUCCCUAUCUCACAAAUUUCGUAGCUGAAGAUUGUUUUGAUUG